AAAAAUCCAUUGAACCCCACACGCCAGCCUCCCGAUCCGACACCAAAGGAGAGAGCCGCCUCGCCUUCGUCUUCGUCUUCCCCCCGCCGCGCUCGUGCCCUCGCCUCGCCUCGCCUCGCCGAAACCCUAACCCUAGAAUCGUCGAUCGCCCGCGAGAGAGGAGGGGGAGGGGGACGAGGGGGAACCGCGCGUGAUGGGGAAGAAGAAGAAGCGCGUGGAGAAGGUGUUCUGCUACUACUGCGACCGCGAGUUCGACGACGAGAAGAUCCUCGUGCAGCACCAGAAGGCCAAGCACUUCAAGUGCCACGUCUGCCACAAGAAGCUCUCCACCGCCGGCGGCAUGGCCAUCCACGUCCUCCAGGUCCACAAGGAGUCCGUCACCAAGGUUCCCAAUGCAAAGCCUGAGAGGGAAUCAACAGAGAUUGAGAUCUUUGGGAUGCAAGGGAUUCCUCCAGAUGUGUUGGCCGCCCACUAUGGAGAAGAGGAAGACCCUUCAUCGAAGGUAGCCAAAGUGGAAGUGCCAUCGCUAAGGCCUCCUGUUAUGCCCAAUCCAGCGGGCAUGGUAUAUCCUCCACGACCGGCCUAUGGUGUAGCUCCACCUAUGUAUAACCCUGCACUGAAUCCAUUGAUGGCCAGACCUCCAAUCUGGCCUGCUCCACCUCCGCAACCUUGGUUUACACAACCAGUAGUUUCGGUUCCUCAAAUGGCUUCUGGGCUUGCACCACAACAGCCACUAUUUCCAAUUCAAAACAUGCCUGCUCCUAUGACAUCAGCACCUGCAAAUUUACUUCAGACUUCGUUCCCUAUGGCCCAUGUUGGAGUACCUUCACCUGUUACCCCUCAGGUGUCACAACCUCUCUUUCCUGUCAGUACAUCUGCUGGAAACGGUGCAGUAAGUUCUCCAUAUGUAGCAUCUGUUGCACCUGGAAGCAUCCCAACAAGCUCUCCAUCAGUUGCUCCUGCAGGAGUAGGAUAUGCAGCUACUAACCAAGGUACAGGAGGUCCAGCGGCUGUACCUCCACCCGCUUCUAAUAAUAAAGCACCAGCCACCCAACCUGGUGCAAAUGAAGUCUAUCUGGUGUGGGAUGAUGAAGCAAUGUCAAUGGAGGAAAGAAGAUUGUCGCUACCCAAGUAUCAGGUGCAUGAUGAAACUAGCCAGGUAAGUUCUGAUUUUUAUAAUUUUAUAUCUGUAAUAUUAAUGAUAUGUGAAAAAAACCAAGUUGAAGUUCAUGGGGAUGCUCUGAACUGGAAUAUUGUGUAAGUGUUCAUUCUAGGGUAUAGAGUAAAGUAAAAAUUUUAGGCACUUAUGAAUUGCAUGAUACGCCUUGUGUUCUAAAAUUGGGUUUCCAUCCCUUUAGUUUGUGCGUCAGAAAUUUCAUUUUGUUUCUGUUACAAUUGGUCCUGUAUUACCUUAGUAUUGCAUUCAAUAACAUUUGAAGACCAUUCACUGUGCUUUGAUUGCUUGUGCAUAAAGAGUAAAUACAGCAUAUCAGCUUGCUUUUGCACCAGCAUGAUGUGUCAAGUUCAUGUCGACACAUGUAGAGAAAUUUGACACGCUGCAAUUUGUAACCUCAGUAUUUGGUAUUAUAAGUAAUUCUUCUGAGCCCAUUAGCGUGAUAUGGGAGUUAAGACGAUUCUCUACCUUCAACCAUCUUUCUCUAAAUAAAUCAUAUUGAGAGUUUAUAUCCAGUCCUUCGCUAUUUCCCUAUGUUUUCUGGCAUCUCUUGUCUAGUGAUGACAAAUCCAUCAUAUGCUUUCCACCUUCAAAAUCUGUACUUUGCGUGCUGCUGAUCAACUAAAAAAGGAAUCUUGCGCAUCUUUGAUACUUCACUAUGUUAUUCUCAUUAGGUAGAAGGCACAAAUCCAGUCGUGUAUGUGCUGAAUGUUAGGGAUACUUCACUAAGAACAUACUUAAUUGUGAACUUUGAUAAGUGGGAUGUUAAGUUUGUCAAUUUUAGGCUUUUCCUGAACAUUAGAUAUCAAGUUAUCUAAUGUGUGUGGGAAUAGGAAAUAUUUUCCACUGGUAGUUGCACACUGAGAUGUUUCCUAUUAUAUUCUACCUUGCAUUUUCAUGGCAUAUCCUUGGUGAUUUCUUGCUGAUGUCGUGCACGUCAGGAGUUCCAAGUAGGUAUUUACAUUGUUCUACCUGCUAGUAAGUUUUUUACAAUCUGACAAAUCUCAUGGUGCUAAUUGACUUGAGGGUUAUCGGCCAAGCCCUGGACAGUUCACAAAUAUGUAUGUAUUGAUUUCAAUUGAGCAUCAUUAUUUUAUUGAUUACGAUUCACCACAUGCAAAUAUGGGUUUGUAACAAGAACUAGGUGGCUGAGCUUCUGCCAAUACCGUAACAUUUAUUGUAACUUAAUUUUGGUCGAGAUUGUGCCAAGAAUUUGGUUCCAGGUCAGCUUUCAUUUUGGCCCGUGAGCCUGGUACUUAUGUUCAAAGAGAAGAGAUUAACUGCUUUUUUUUUUUGUUCUUAAUCAUGCCAAUCAUAUCUAACACCGUCUCUCUUCUCCCACAAUGUGUGAACAGAUGAACUCAGUUGAUGCAGCAAUUGAUCGAAGAAUAUCAGAAAGUCGGCUUGCUGGACGCAUGGCCCUGUAAAACAAAUUGAACACAUGUCUCGUAAAUUGCCCCUAUGCAAUUCACUGACAUAUUCGCCUAUCUGGGCGAGCAUAGGAGUAGCGCCUACAGUCGGUGAUUCCCCGAUUCCUGUUCUCCAUUUGUUUAGCUAGUGACUGGAGGUACUGUGUGCAGUCAAAGGAAUAUGUUGUUCUGACUUGGAAAGCUUUGAAUGUAUCUUUCCACCCGAGUGAAGAUGUUAGUCUAGAACCCAUUUUCCCAUUGUCGCCUGAAGAAAAUGUGAUUUGUUGUCAACUCUGGAAAUCUCAUCAUGAAUUAGCAGAAUCAGUUUCAGAGGCAUGAUGUGUAUUCAUUAAUUUGAUGGCACAUGAGCGCCUACUAAUAAUAAUUUAUUGGUAUUGAUGCUAAA